AGCAAACACACGCAAUAUUCAGAUCAUUUUACCGGUUGCAAUUAUUCAUUUUUAGAAACAUCUUUAACUGCAUUCUUUGUAGUUGAAUUUUCACUCUGCACUGAUCAAGAAAGGGCUGGCUCACAAAAGCUCUACUGCUCUCUACGGUAUUUUCAUCAGAAGCAUUCCAGUCUCCACCUCCACUGAGGCUUAUCAGAUCGUCAGAGUACAGAAGGCUGUAUAGCAGGUAGGGAGAUUUGCAUUGUGGCUGGGGAAAUGGAGAGAACAGGUGGAAGUGUGGAGAACUCUGGAGCUGACAGCAGCUUGGUCGUCUGGUCUCUACUGACCUUCUGUCUUCUGUCUGGUCCUGCCACAGGUGACCAACAUGCCCACUGCUCUGAGUUCCUCUGUCUCAGCCCUCCCUCUCUUCUGGUGAGGCUCCUCAGCUUCUCCUCUGAGCAGGGUCCCUGUGGUUACCCCUUAGAUCUCCCUCCUUCAGGCCUCCCAUCUGGCCAGGGCCUCCCUCCACUUCCACCAGGCUUCCCAGGACUGGCCCCUGGUCCUGUGGCCUGGAGCCCCCUCAGCCCCACAGUUGUGAUUGUCCCAGGCAGGAGGCCAGCCAGGCUGCAGCCCAGCUGGGUGAGGGUGAUGGCGGGGGAGCUGUUAGAGGCAGGGCUGGUUAAUGUCCUGGUAGCUGAUUGGCUGCUGCCCCCAGAGCAGGAGAUCACAGAAGGAGCCAGACAGGUGGGAGAGAGGCUGGCACAGACCAUACAGACACUACUGGAGGACCAGGGCUCUUCUCCAGAGCUGUUCCACCUAGUAGGGUUUGGUGUUGGGGCCCAUGUAGCUGGUGUGACCGGGGCCUGUUUGGAGGGAACUAUUGGCAGGAUCACAGGCCUGGAUCCGUUCUCACCAGUGUUUUCCGAGGUAGACAGCAGCCUGUCUCUGGAUCACACUGAUGCCCAGUACGUGGACGUGGUUCACACCAACUUCAACCCCAAUGAGCCGGUAGCUCCCCUGGGGGUUUCCAGACCGUUGGGUCAUGUUGAUUUCUACAUCGGCAGAGGAUAUCAUCUCCCUGGUUGUCCUCAGGCUCUCAUGAAAAGGGAGCAGUACUUGCUGUGCAGUCACCAACGGGCCUAUCGGUUGUUCAUCAGCUCCAUCCGGUCCUCCUGCCCUCUCACAGCCUUCCCCUGCCAGGGAGUAGAGGACUUCCAGAGGGCUCUCUGUACACACUGUCACCUACCCUGGCCUCAACAUCUGCCCUCAGCUGGUCCUUCCCUGAUGCAGUUUGAGUCUCAUCAGAUACACCAGUUCGUGGUUUCCGUGUACGUCACACUGUUCAGAAGUUCAGAAGCAUAG